GGUUACAUAUCCUUCCGUAUGCUAACUUGUCAUAAUGCGAGUAUGGAUCCUUGGUAGAGAGAUAGGUUUAUUCCAUUUAUUGAGCUGAAUUUAAAUAUUUAUGGCUUGUUACAAAGGUUUCGCAUAGGAAGGAAGCAUUUGUGGAAAAUUCGGAUUCAUAAACGUGGGUUCACCAUUUCACCUUUACAUGCUGUUUUGCCAUAUAUAUAUAUUAAACAAAGUGCUUUUUUAAAGAAUAAAAGACGACUGCGUACUUCUUGGUGCUGACUUUGGUGAGAAUUCCUCGCCGUAGCUGAAAAAUACUCGUUUUAUUCUAGAGCAGGGAUCCAUUGCACCGCAAUACAACAUCUCAUCCAUUCCUUUAUUUGAAUUUUGCGAAUAGAUUAUGCGUCUUUCAUGCGGUUGCUUCUACAUCGCUUGCAAGUGUUACAGUCUAUCGUGAUCCAUUCAGGAGACACUUUCAAUACGAGAGCAGCAAUUUAUGAUUAAUUUUAGAAAAAAGUCCCUUCUAUGCAGUCCACUAGCUUGCUUCUCGUAGGAGAAAGCAAGAUGGAUUUCUGAGGAGGCACGAAACCUUCCUUCAUUGAUGCUUAAGAGACGAAGAGAAUACUUUUACUUUCCUUUAGAAGCCAUAAACUGAUCUUUUGGGAUUUAAUUUUCAGCUCAAGGACCAAGCUUCACCAGCAUUUUCGUUACUCAUGUAACCCCUUUGAAGUCUAUAAAUAUUUACUUUCAGGUUUACAGUGGAGAAUCAAUUAUAAUCAAUAAGAUAUCGACUAUAAUAAAAUAUGAAACAGGAAAUAGGAAGCAAGCUUUUGAUGGUCGAAAUGUCUAUAUAGAACGAAAGGAAACUUGUGCUAACAUUGAUCAACUUCCUAUGCUAGGUACUAUUUCUGAUCUCAAACAAACAUGAUUGUAUUCCAUAUUGAGUACUUUUUCUCCUUUUUGGUUUGUUUACCUGAAGCACUUAUUUACACAUGUUGCAAGCCUGGGAUUCGUCUGCGCAAGCUGUUUAUCAUCUUAUUAUCCAGUUCAUAUAAAUUCGACACAGUCAAGUAAACAAAUGAAAAGUACAAUAACUGCCCUUAUUCCUUCGAUUUAGUCACCGUGGUGUUCAUUAUAAAUGACAAGCCAGCUACUCCUCGGAAACCGCAUACGGGUCGAGUUCCAAUUUUAUUUAUUUAUUUUAUUUAAUGUUUCUUUUUCAUAUGAACGAAACUAGAAGUUCUCUCAAUGAGUUUGAAUUAGGCUUAUCCACAUCAUCCACAUUCUGAACGUCCCUUCAACAUCUAUCUUUGUUAUUCUCCAAACGUCUUGAUUUUAACAAGGAUUCAUCAAAGACAAAGGGAUUUUUAUAUAAAAUAAUUUUUUUUUUUAGUAAAACAUUCACCUGGAAUCUUUCUUUUCAGCUUUUCUAUUAAAAUCCCAUCAGACCUAGCAUUGUUCUAAAUUCGUUAGGGUUUCACCUCAGAGUUGAACCUUUUUCACUUUCCUUUCGCAUCUUUCGUUUUCUAAUAGAAAAAUGCUGUUGUUCAGUGACUCUAAACCAGUUACUGCGGUAACUACGUAUAUUGACAAGAUGACUGUUGGUGGCCGCACUGAUAACGACCUCUCUGGAAUUGUCGAAUUGUCAGAAGUAGUGGGUCUUACUUCUACUGGGCCGAAAGAAGCAGCACGUACACUUCGUAAAAAGUUGAAGUAUGGCCGGCUUGACGAACAAGUUCGAGCUCUAAUUGUCCUUCAAGCAUUAAUUGAAAAUGCGGGAUCACACUUUGUCGAAAACUUUUCCGAUGAAAAGUUAGAGGAACGUAUAUUUUUAUGUGCUACAAGUCCAGCUUAUCCAAAAAAAGUGCGAAUCAGGGCUUACUCAUUAAUCAAAUUAUGGCAAUCCGACUAUUCCAACGUUCGGGGAAUGGAAAACCUGAGUAAGUUGGCUAGGAAACUUCCGUCGAAGAUGCCUCCCUUAAGCAUUCGUCAACAACAACCAAUUAAUAUGAAGCGCGUUGCCCCUAUACUUGAGCGUUUGAUUGUCUCCUCCAACAUGGCGGCUACCAAUUUGGCAAACACACUUGCUCAAAUUAAUCCUCACCGCGAAAAUCCCACCCAUAACAAACAAAUUAUGAUGUAUUAUGUUGACUGUAAACGGUGCCAUCGCUCUUUGUUGAGAUAUAUAGAAGCCAUUCAAGAUGAGAUGUGGCUUGCAAAUUUGUUGAAAACCAAUGAUGAAAUUGUCAGUGCGAUUGAUUCGUAUAAAGAGAAGACAAGCCAUAAUGAGGAACAGGAUGAUGACUUUGAAAGCGGCUCUGAUUCUUAUUCUCUGAACGACAGAGCUUCUUACUUGUCCGGUUCCGAUGUUUCUGAUACUAUUUCUCAAACUGAGGAAGAUCUGGACGCCAACAACCCUUUCAGUGAUUUGAACCGUACAGAUUAAUGGAGUGUAUUUAUCUUUUUAUUUUUGUGAAUAAGUCCCUCUCUUCCUUUUCUAGAUGAUCUUUUAUAUGAGACUCCUUCUUUUAAUGACUUUGAUUACGCAUAAAAACUCACUUAUAUACAAUGCCCGACUAUUUGCUCCGCAUCUGUACUAUUAUGAAUGUAAAGACUCUGUAUAACAUUUCUAAUUACGAUAUGCUGCUGUUUUGUUUUGGUUAUGACUAGAUUGCACCCUAAUAACAUUAUAUACUUCAUUUAGUGAAUGAAUUAUUCAUGCGCAUCAGAUCCGUUUCAUCAUAUAUGCCUUUUUAACAUCACUUCUAUUUAGUUUUAUAUAACGUCUUUAAAAUAUAAAGAGCAUCUGAGUUUCUCUGUUCGUUUCCACCUAAUCCUUCCUUUUAUGAUCUGUCCCUUGUCCUUGACAUUGAGUAAGAGUUUAGCGAAUGUUUACAUGACUGAAUUUCCAUCAAUUCCACGCAUAUAGUCAUAUAUUUUUUUAUAAAUCGAAAAUAAUAGUUAAUUGAUUUAAAUCUAGAAAAUUUAUUUCCCGUAUUUCUUCCUGAUCUAUCUUGCACACAUGUUUCAUGCUCCUGGAAACAUGUAAACAAACAUUUCCUCCC